GUGACGUUGAGAGGCGAAGUGGUACAGCCCACUGAGGCCCUGCUGAGGGUUCCGCCCCUUCCGCGUUGCCUUUCUUUCCUUUCGGUGCCGUCGGCGCUGCCGCCAUGAGUAUGCUAAGGCUCCAGAAGAGGCUGGCCUCCAGCGUUCUGCGCUGUGGCAAGAAAAAGGUCUGGUUGGAUCCCAAUGAGACCAAUGAAAUUGCAAAUGCCAAUUCUCGUCAGCAGAUCAGAAAAUUAAUCAAAGAUGGUCUGAUUAUCCGUAAACCAGUGACCGUUCAUUCAAGAGCACGAUGCCGUAAAAACACCUUGGCUCGCCGUAAGGGCAGGCAUAUGGGUAUCGGUAAGAGAAAAGGUACUGCCAAUGCUCGUAUGCCUGAGAAAGUUACUUGGAUGAGAAGAAUGAGGAUUCUGAGGCGUCUGCUUCGCCGCUACAGGGAAUCCAAGAAGAUUGAUCGCCAUAUGUACCACAGUUUGUACCUGAAGGUGAAAGGUAACGUGUUCAAGAACAAGCGGAUCCUGAUGGAGCACAUCCAUAAACUGAAGGCAGACAAGGCUCGCAAGAAGCUUCUGGCUGACCAGGCUGAAGCCCGGAGGUCCAAGACCAAGGAGGCCCGUAAACGCCGUGAAGAACGCCUGCAAGCCAAGAAAGAAGAAAUCAUCAAAACUCUGUCUAAGGAGGAAGAAACCAAGAAAUAAUUUCUGCCUUUCUGUGUACAUAGUGCUCAAAGGGUAUCAAAUAAAUCUCUUUAAAAUUAA